GACUGUUAUCUGCGUUUGCUGGGGACGGAGCAGACUUGUUUGGAUAUUUGUGCUUAUUCAUCUGUACUUUUCUUAUUGAGAAAUACUGUUUGUAAUAAAAGAGAGGAGAAAGAUAAAGGGAUGGGUAUAGGAACCUCUGCAGAGCAGGCGGCUAGCCAAAGCAAAGAUGAUGGUGCGAAUGGAGAACAGCAAGACCAGACAAUGCAUGAAAGUCAAGGGGACUCAACAGAUCCCAAGUUUUUACAGAAGAACGGCCAGGUUUCUCCUACUCUCAGUGAAAAAGAACCACCACCAGAGCUCAACGGGCAAGCUGAACAACUGGAAGUACAUGAGGAGGAGGAGGAGGAGGAGCUAAUUUCAAUUGAUGUUGGACAAGGAGAACCUUCAAGUGUAGUACAGAAAGAGGAGGCAUCUGAAAAUAUGGAAGUGGUAAAGCAAGAACUGCCUACAGAGGACACCAAAGAGGAAAAAGAUAAAAAUGGAUUGGACAGUAUUGCUCAGGCACCUUCCGAAGAACAGUCCGAACAGCAAUCAUCCAAAGAACCUCAGUCAAAUGAGCUUGGAUUUAAAAAAGUGUUCAAAUUUGUUGGUCUCAAGUUCACUGUGAAGAAAGAAAAAUCAGAAAAGCCAGAUGCAGUUCAGUUGCUUACUGUGAAAAAAGAUGAUGUGGAGUGCAAUGGAACAGAAAUAACAGAGGAAGCAAAGUCAGGCACACCUGAGGAAGUGAAGGCUGAUACUCCUGAGGAAAUUAAGUUGGCCACUCCCGAAGAAGCAGAGUUAGGAAGUCCUGCAGAAGUAUUGGAAGAGGAGCUUCCUGUUGAACAAACUGAGGAAGUCAUCAAGACUGAAGUUCCCUUGGAAAAAGCAGAAGAGAGUACAACUGAGCAGGAAUCCCCUGUAAUUGACAAAGGAGAAAAAGACAGUGAUAAGCCAGGUGAGUCUGUGAAAAGUCCAGACAUUUCAGAAACCUCAUCACCAUUUAAAAAAUUUACUUCUGCAUUAUUUUCUGGUUUAAGAAAAAGAACAAGCUUUAAGAAGUCUAAAGAAGAGCAGCCUGCUGAAACUUCUGGAAAGGAAGUAGAGCAAGAAGAGAAGGAACAUGCAAGUGUACCCCCAGAAGGAGGCCAAGUGGAAGUCACAGAAUCACAGGAACCAUCUGUGGAAGAACCAUUUUUACUUGAAACUGUGGAAAAUGCAGAGGGAUAUGAAGUUGUGAUGAAAGAAAAAAUAAGUGAAGAAAAAACAGUUGAGACAGUUGAGUUAAGAGAAUCUGACAAUGAAAUUGGAGAAAAAAUGGAAACAAUUCAGAGCGUUAGUUGUGAAGAGAAAGUAGAAAAUCUAAUUUUACAAGCAGAGCAAGUCAUUGCUCCUGAUGCUGACCAGACACCUUCAUUACAGGAAGUAGACAAGCAGAUUGAAUUAAUACAAGAAUCAACAGAGGAGGUACAAAUUAAAAGUGAGAAUCAGCUCACUGAAUCUGUAACUGAAGCAACACCCAGCGCUAAACCUGCUGAAGGGGUCAGUAGUGAGGUGGAACAGCUGACAUUACAAGAAAAAAAUAAGGUACAGGGUAGCCCUUUAAAGAAACUGUUCACUGGACCUGGCUUGAAAAAGCUUUCUGGGAAGAGGCAUAAAGGAAAGAAAGAAGAAAUAAAAACAGAGGAUCAUAAUGGACAGUUACAGCCUUCAACAGAACCCUUGGAAACUGCUGAACCACAGAAAGAGAGCUCACCAUCUUCAGAAGAAGAGACUGUAGUUUCCCCACAGGAGCAAACUGUAGUGGAUGCAGUGCAGUCAGAUGAUGCAGAGGGUGAUGGAGCCCUGUCUGAUGGUGAAAAAAAGAAGGAAGGAAUUACUUCAUGGGCAUCAUUCAAAAAAAUGGUAACGCCCAAAAAACGUGUUAAGAGACCAUCUGAAAGUGACAAGGAAGAUGAACUUACAGAUAAAGCAAAAAGUGCAACAGUGUCCUCUACUGAGAGUGCAGCUUCUUCUGAAAAACAAGAAGAAGUUAAAGGAGAUGGGAAAGAACAGAAAGUAGAGAAGAAUAAUGAAGAACCCAAGAAAAAGGUAGAUUCAUCAGUAUCAUGGGAAGCACUUAUUUGUGUCGGCUCAUCAAAGCGGCGAGCUAGAAAAUCUUCAGAUUCUGAUGAUGAGAUCCAAAAACCAGUAGAAGAGACCGAGAAGCCAGUAGAUGAACCUGGAAAGCCCACGGAAGAAGAGUCACCAGCAACUUCUCAAGAAACUGAUCAGGAACAAGGAAGCCAAUCCCCUGAUAAUGCUGGGAGCCCCUCUGAUGGAGAAGGUGUUUCAACUUGGGAGUCCUUUAAAAGAUUAGUAACUCCAAGAAGAAAAUCUAAAACAAGAACUGAAGAUAAACUAGAAGAACCAGCUGCAAUCACUGCUGAUACUGUGACAUCAGAUAAUGAACUUGGAAAGGAAGAAUCCUGGGUUUCUUUUAAGAAGCUAAUUCCUGGUCGUAAAAAAAAGAAGUCUGAUGGCAAGCAGGAACAAGCCCACACAGAAGAACAUGGGAAAGAUUCAGCUGAAGCUGUAGAAGAUGAUUCAGAAACUCCUGCUGUAGUCCCAUUGUCUGAGUAUGAUGCAGCAGAGCAGGAAAAAGCUGAGCUUUUGGAGCCUGCAGUGGUUGCAAAAGAAGCCUCUGAGGUUAAAACAGAGCUAAAAGAAGUUGAAGAUGCUCUUCUGUCACCAGCUAUUGCAGAGUGUAGUGUAGCGAAGCUUCAUUCAGUUACAGUGGAAGUUGAGAACUCUAAUACUGAUGCUGCAGAGAGGUCACCUUCAUGGAUAUCUGUCAGAAAAGAAACCGUUGACCUGGGACUGGAAUGUGGGGAUAAGAAGAAAACAGAACUUGUAUCAGAAACCACAGAAGUUAUCCAAGAAAUGCAUGCUGCAGCAAUGGGAGUAAAGCAAGUGAGUGCCACUGCAGCUGCUGCUGCAGAAGUUGUAGAACUAACAUCUGAAGCAGUUGCUGCUCUUGAAGACACAGCUGAGAAGUCUGUUGCUGAGGAGACAACUGAAAUGAUUUCUGCUGUGUCUCAGUUAAGUGAAUCAGCAGCAACAUCAGGAGAAGCUACUCCUGUGCCAGAAGCAGAGGAGGAAACCCAUCAUAUGCAAAAACUGAGCAAGCAAGCACAGGAAGUCCUGCAGAGCGUUGCUGAAAAGGUUCAACUGACAGAAGUAUCAUCUGCUCUAGAUUCUAUGGUAAAUAAAGAAGCUUUCGAAUCUGUUCAUAAAACAGAAGUUGAAACUUGUGUAUCACACACUAAAACCAUCAUUUCUACAGUUCACGAACAUAUGCAUGUCGAAGAAACAUCAAUGAAAGGCAUACCUGAAACCUGGAGUACUCACCUUGAUGAGGGUAACGCAGAACAAACCACUGAGAUGAUUAAAGAGGAAAUUAUUGUAGCUAAAGAAACCAUUAAGGAGGUGAGAACAGAAGUGCUUGCUACCAUGCAUACAAAAUUAGAAGACUUGCAGGACAUUUACACAGAAAAAGUAUAUGAUACUGAAGUAAAAGAACAUGCAAGCGGUGUUGAAUUGCAGGAGGAAAAGGUACAUGAACUAGAAAGUGGCAGUGUCACAGAUGAAGCUGAUAAACAGAGUGAAGGUACAAGAUUUAAACAGACAGAAGGCUUAGCAGAAGAGCCUAAGGCAGACACAAUAGCAACUGAAAUGGUUGCAAAGUCGGAAGAAAUGGUGUUACCUGAAGAAUUUAGUUUAACAGGAGAAGUGUUGCAGAAAGUAAAGCCCGAAAUAACUGAAGUACUUCAAGGUGGACCCUUGCAGUACAAAAGUGUUGCAGUAGAAGUGGCAAGGGAAAUGGAAUUAGUCGCAUGUAAGGAUGUAGUUGUGGAGGAGCUUAUGGAAAAGGAGAAUGUCAGAGUAAACAUUGAAGCUGCUGGAGUGGAAGAGAAUGUGGUUAUGAAAAGAGAUGUUGAAGUUGAUAAAAUGGAAGAAUUUUCAGAGCCAGAUUCGGCACUUUCACAGUCAGAAGUGGUUUCUGAUGAAAUGUGUAGAAAGGAUUUUGGUGAUGAAGGCAUGGAAGACGUUAGCAAGUCUGAUGCAGAUGAAAUGCUGAAGUAUGAAGAACAAACGUGUGAACUUACUGUAGUCCCAGAAACACAUUUGGAAGCUGUUCUUCCUCCCGUUACAGAGAUUCCUGUAGUGGAGAGUUCAGAAGCCACAGAAGCUUCUGUCCCAAUAACUACAGCAGCAGUUGAGGAGCAGAUCAUAGCAGAGACUGUCAAAGUUAUUGAAUCACGGGCAGACAUGUUUGCUGUUGCAGAAGUGCCCUUAACAGAGUGUUCCACAGUUGCUGAGAAGCAAAUUAAAUCUACAUCUUAUGAAGUUGUAUCAUCAGAGGCAAUUGCAUGUCCAGCAUCAUCUGAUGAAUGUGCAGACACAGGUGAAAUUUUGGGUAGUUCUGUUGCUCAAAGCACAUCUGAGGUUAUGGCUGUCACUCGAGCACAAAGUGAACAUAUUGCUGUUAGUGAAGAUGUAACUGAGCCUGCCAUCAUUGUUGAGUGUAUUACGAUGACUGAAGCCCCUCUAGAAUCUCCAUCCAUGAUAGAUUCCCAGGUUGAGCCUGAUGACGUAACUCCAUUAUCAGCUGGUAUUACUGUCUUAGUUGAAUAUUCUUUGUCUGACUCUCAUGCUCAGCCUGCUGUCAUCAGUGAAGUAGCCUCUGAGAAUGAUUCCAUUUCUGAGGCUUCAUGUGAGCCACCUCCUAUAUCUGAAGGCUUAACUACAGCUGCAUUUACCCAAGUCCUUACUGAGCCUGAAUCCCUGGAUGAGCAAACUACCAACUUUCAAAUUCCAGCAGAGACCAGUGCAAUUACCAUGCAUGCAGCAGAAAUGGCUGAUGUCUUAGACUCUGCAGCUGAACUAGUUGUUGCCAGUGAAGUUCUGCCAGAGACUCUUCCUACCGCUGAAUUUCUUGCAGACUCAUGUACCAUCCCUGAAGUUGCAGAAAAGGUUCUAGAAACGGUAGAAGCUCCAACAAAAAUCAAUAGAGAGAGACAGACUUCAGCUGAGGCUACUGUUGAAGCAGAGGCUGUGGCUGAGCCUGUUGCUGUGACUGAUCUGGCUGUAACAGAAGCCAAGGCUGAGCAAUCUCUUGCUAUGCAAGCUGCGGCUGGACCCAUCCUUGCCACAGUGUCCACAAGUGAGCUUUGUGUUGGUGAAACUCUUAUAGACUCUCCUUUUGCUACAGAGACUGUGAAUCAGACUGUGACAAUCCCUGAGGUACAAACCAAAAUGUCAGACUCUGAAACUUUGGCCACAUCUGAAGAAGUGGAGGCAGGACAAAUUGCAAGUGUUUCGGAUAUGGUCAGUGCAGAUAACAAUGAGGAGACUGAGAUUCAGUCAGUGGCACAGGCUGCAGCUGCUAUAGUGGAUGCAGCUAUUGAAGCUGCCACAAGCAGCUUGUCUGAUCGUAUAGUUGAAGACGGUGUUGUAAAUGGUAGUGAAGUGAAAGAAUAUGAAGCAAAAAGUGAAGCAGUAGUCGUAACUAAAACCUCAGGUUUGGUUCAGCCUUCAUUAGAAAUGCAAAUGCAGGAAAUUAUAUUGAAGCAGACUGUGGUCAGAGAAGUGCAUACUUCAACGUUGGUCGAGGCAGCGGUGAAUACUGAUGAGAUGGAAGAAACUGAAUCGGUGAGAUGUGUUCCUUUUGAUGGCCAUGUAACAUCUCAAGAAACUCAGAUGAGUCGUAGUGUAACUCUGGAGACAAAAAUUAUGCAAGUAGUUCAGGAGCACACUGAUGGGUAUGCAGGACAAAAUGCAGUAAAAGAUGAACAAAUAUGGUUAGCUGAACAAAUUGCCGAGUAUGUACCACAGGGAGAGAUUGUUGCAGCAGAAAUGCAUACAGUAUCUGAGACUUCCAGGGAACAAAGCUGUGAAGAGUCUGUUCAAGAGAUCAGAGACGCAUCCCAAAAAGUCACUUUGGUUCAGACAAUUGUACAGCCUCAAUUAAGUGCAGAACCAUUGCAGGAAAGCAGCAAUGUACUGCAUGGUACAAAUGAAGGGGUUAGGUCAGAUCCUGAACAAGAAGAGAAUGAUCCAUCCAAGAAAUCUGAAGCUAAAAUUUCAGAUGAAAUGGUUUCAUUAGAUCAGUCUGCACAACAGGAUGGCGAACAGAUUAACACAGCAAAUGCCAUUGCUGUAGAAAUUGAAGGACAGUUACUGAAAGAGCUAGGGAAGACUGGUAGUGAGCAGAGAGCUGAAUGUCGAACAGUGGAUGGACAGAUGUUGGUGGAAGUACACGAACUACCAAAGGAAGUAAACACUGAAGGUUCUGAAUACUCACAGAAGCAAGUCACCACUGAUGAGACCCUUCAACUUACUUCGGAACAAGCAGCAUCCUGAGGCUCAAAAUAUUUUGAAGUAAACGUAAGCUGUAAAAUCAAAAAAUCAAUCUGAAAGCUGUGAGUAAAGAGAAUUCUACUGACUGGGCUAAAGACUUUCUCUUGUCUGCUAAGAGACAACCGCCCCUGCAUCACUCCCGUUAAGCAAAGUUGACAAUCCUGAAGAUAUCAGGGGCAGUACACAUCAUUCUUUUUCUCCCAUAACUGACCACUUUUGUAGAUUUUUUUUUUUGUUUGUCUACUUUGAUAAUGCUGUAAUAUAGUGUGCGUCUCUUGACUUGUUUCCUACAGCUUCACUUGGAUAAAAGUGGAAUGGGCACAUUGUUGGAUUGUCUUUAGCUCUCCAGAACACCAGUAAUAUGUGUUAGUGCUGCUUCAUGUGUAUUUAUAUGUUGUAUAGUAAAUAUAUAUAUUUUUUAUUUUUCCAAGCAUUACCAUAAGAAUAUAAAAGUUAUUCCAUAUCGGAGUGGUGCAACUGUCCCAAUGUGGUCACCACUGAAUUUGUAGCAUAAAAUAAAGCUGCCUGUAAGUGUUAAAAUUUUUACCCAGCAUACAUUUAAACUGAAUCCUCUCUGCAUGUGUGACCUUUGGAACUGGAUGUAGUUUGAUGCAACUGCCACCCACAUACGUACUGCUCGGAUCCAACCAGCUUGGUAUGCCCAGUCAGAAGGAAAUGUUUGUGGAUACAUAAUUUCUUAUUUAAAUGCAGUCUUGUUUAUAAAGUCAUUUUAAUGUAAAUUAUUGCCCUAAGUUAUUAUUAGAAAGCGGUUUGCAAGUCUGACAGAUUUGAAGAAUGUAUUGUUGAACACUGUCCCCAGUUUUAAAGUAUAUGAAGGGCCAUUGCAGGUACUAGGGUUUAAACAAUCACACUGAUACAUUUUGUAAUUAAUGCACCUACAGGGACUAAUCAUUAACUGUCUAGGACUCAUUUUUGUCUGGAAAUAUGAAAAUAGGAAACACAAGUACUUCAGAAGUUAAAGAUGUGAAAAAACUCAUGAAAUAAUGACUAUGGCCCAGAGCUGUCUUUUGUUUGAACCAUGCAGUGUAUUUGUUGUGCUAGUGGGAAAAUAGUUAUCCAAAGAAAAAGGUGUAUUUGUAGAAAAACUGUUCUGUGUAUCAUAUUUGCUCCAGUUUGCAGUUGGGUAGGCUGUGGGGGGAAACCUAGCUGCAUGGACAUAAGUGGAAUUAAAACAGAAGCAACAUGCUUUCUACUCUUACUAGCUGAUCUCUUGACUACUGCAAAUUACUGGCAGUCAAGGGCAUUUUUAGCAGGUGGUGAGUGGGAUAAUUAAACAGUCACUGCUUGUGUUGGUGAUAGUUCACGGUUCUUAUGUUUCAGCUUAAAAAAGGGUAGUUUGCUUUUUGGGGACUAGUGUUUUUAUGAAAUUUUGUUUGCAAUUAGAAAUGUGAAAUAAUAUUGAACAUAAUGGGGCCAAGGGGGUUUCCAGGAUCUCCCUCUGGUGGUGGAAGUCCUGAAACUCUUAUGACUGCUGUCUGUGUAAAGUUUUAUGCCAGUGUAAAAAAAGCUUCACUACGCUUAACAUUCGCUUUUUCAGUGAACACACUGAAAAUCGUUACAUUAUAUUUAAGCUGUUACACACAUUAUAUUUAAGCUGUUACACCUCAAAAAAAAAUUUUUGUGGAAUGCCAAUUAACUUGGCAGUGCUUUUAUUUGAAGAUGACAUGAGUAAUUUGUAUUAUUGAAGAGAACUGUUCCCAACAUUCAGAACAGCUCUUUAUAGAACAAAACAAUGUAGUGCAGAGGUCAGCCUUAUAGCAAAUUACUAUUCACACUGUAAUAUUAUGCCAAUUUAAUGUUAAGGUUAGGUGGGAAGGCUAGGAGAUGAGUCAUUUUCUUUUUUGAAAAAAGCUUUUACCCAGGAUAUGACAACUCAAUGUGUUUGAUCUGUGAUCAUAAAUCCCAAAGAUGUUUCUCAUGUGCUACUACUUAUUAAUUCACAAUGUCUUCUGGCGGUUUUAGAACCUAUUUGGCCCUAGUUACCUGAGGCUUCCAUCACUACCAAGAGUUUGUCUCCUGCACAAGUACGUUAGCCAGACUUCCAAAUCUGUUUUGAAUAGCUUGUGUGACUACUCUGCCGUAUUGCACAUGUCCAGAAUUGCAAGUACUUGCUUUGAAAUUGGUAGGUAUAAUGCCUUCUGAGUAUCCUAACCACUUCUGAAAUGUGCAUCUUUAAAAUUAUAUGAAUUUUGUGAAAAAAAUUUGGUUAGAUUAAGACAAUCCAGGGGUUCUGCAUUUUAUCUUGCCUCAGGCUGCAGUCAGUCUAAGGUGGGUUGUAACGCACCCCUCCUUCUGUGCCUUAUAUUACUUAAGUAUGCAGCUUCUUCUGGAAAAUUGACCGACAUAGAUUCAUUUUUGAGUGCCUCUACUGCAUAGCAUUAAUGUUUUAGGAUUGAUUUUUUUCCUCAAGUUGCAAAGAGUCACAAAAGUAAAGUCCCUAAAUCAGUGCCAUGUUUUGUUGCAGAAUUGUGUUCUGGCUUUAAACUGAAUGUUGUAAAGCUAUCAUUGUUUAUUCUCGUUAAGAGCAACUUAAUACAAGCAAGUAUAUGGAAAAGCAGGAAUUUAUACAUGCAUAUUAAAGCACCACAGUGUGUACUACAUUUUUGCAGAUAGAAACUACUGCUUUGAAAAUCAGAAAGAUAAUGCAAAUAUACAGCAGUUUUCUUUAUGCCAAAUAGCCCGUUUUCAUUUUCAGUGUAGUUUAAAGUUUAGUUUAAUGCUAUCACGGGCUUCUGAUGUGCUGUAGCGCUUUAAUUUCUAAAAUGACAGCAGCAUUGAAGGUGAUGCACCAUCUAGUGUUAUGUGACGCAACACAUUGCUCAGCAGAUAUUACCCCUUAUUUGAUACAGUGCAGACUAUAUCUGCUUUGGCAAACUGAUGUGACACUGCACUGUUCUUACUGUACAGAAUUAGGCACAUUAGAAGUCGCCACACACUAAUAAUGUUUGUGGUUUCUGAUACCUUAAGAAGUGACUUAAGAAUGCCCAGUCAGAGAGUGCAAAGAAAGGUGUAAUCGUUGCUGCUAUUUGAAAACUGUUGAAGGAUUUUAUUGAUGCUUUAUGUAAAUGUGAACAAGCACAGUGUUCUUUUUCAGAUGGCAGCUCCUUGUGUUUUUCUUGUUUCUGGGCAUGGUUUACAAAAACAUUUCUGGAUUGCUUGCAUUCAUUGUUUUUACACCACCAAAAAAAUGUGAACUUACUUGUACAAAUUGUAUACCUACAUAUGUUAAAAGAUGCACUGUAAUAAGGCUUAACUAAUGCUUCAGCAAGUACAAACCAAGUAACUAGCAUGAACUAUGUAAUCACAAUUCUUUUAUAUAGUUCCAAAGCUGUUAAUAAUGUAAAAUUAAUUUCUCUAAAUUUCCUUUAAAUAAAGUUAGCCUUGAUUUAAAAA